AUGGGUAGAGACACUAUUGCCGAUAUAAUAACUUAUAUAAGAAAUGCUGACAUGGAUAAAAAAGGAACAGUUCGAAUACCAUCCACUAAUAUUACCGAAAACAUUGUGAAAAUACUUCUACGAGAGGGUUUUAUCGAAAAUGUUAGGAAGCACCGGGAAAACAACAAGGAUUUCUUGGUUUUAACCCUACGACAUAGAAGAAAUAGGAAAAGAGCACAUAGAAAUAUUUUAAAGCGUAUCAGCAGACCAGGUCUGCGAAUCUAUUCCAACUCUCAACGAAUUCCUAGGAUUUCAGGCGGGAUAGGGGUUGUAAUUCUUUCUACUUCUAGGGGUAUAAUGACAGAUCGAGAAGCUCGACUAGAAAGAAUUGGAGGAGAAAUUUUGUUUUAUAUAUGGUGA